AUGGGGAGUGCUAAAAUAGCGAUGUCCGAGUCAGAUAAGAGUCCUUUGCUUUAUUUAGACGAGAUUCAAGUUGAUAUCUACCGACUUUUAACAUUGUUUUACAGUGGCUUGGGAAUUGUCCAAAGAGACUCUCCUGUGGCUAGUAGUGAGCAGGAAGCUAGUCCAGAUGAAGUAUUAAGAUUGGAGAACAACAUUCAGGAAAUCAUUGGGCAGUUUAAUGUGACUAAAGAAAGAGUGCUUAGUCGGGUUAGUGCUUUAGAGCAAAUGCCAGUUGAUGAGGGUAAGAUUGAGCGGUUGUUACAGGAGAGUCGGGAAUUGGAUGAGUUGUUGAAGAAGAAGAUUGAAGAGUUUGAGUUGGAGUUGCCUUUGCUUAAGAAUCAAGUUGAUGGUUUGGUUGAUGAAAUGUCUGAAUUGUAG